CAACGGGUGACGUAACGGAAGUAGCAAGUAUUUAAUGGCAAUAACACCGCGACUGUUACACUGCAGCCUGCUGGUUCAAGAGUUCACUGACAAACGAGAGGACGGUAGCUUCAGAAAGAUGAAGAUAAUCUCAUUACUGUUUAUUCUGGGAGCCCACAUUCCCUCAAAUGCAGCUCUUUUUAUGGUCACUGCUCCAAGACUGUUCUAUACAGCAUCCUUUGGGAAUAACAUCACUAUGGAGUGCAUAUUUCCAGUUGAAUCCAAUUUCCAUGUGAAUAUGUUAAAAGUAUUCUGGUAUCACAUCCUGGAAAAUGGAACUUCUCAGCUGGUGUAUAAACUGCACAAUGGGAAAGUUGUUCUCGAGGACCAGGCGGUCGAAUACAGAGAAAGAGUAGCCCUGUUACUGGAUGAGCUUCACAAUGGGCGUGCUGUACUGGAGAUCAACCAAGUGAGAGUGAGUGAUGCAGGGACCUACCGCUGUGUUAUUGCCCUCAAUGGUGUGGAUUACAAAGAAUCUGCUCUGAGAGUUACAGCAUCAUAUAAAGACAUAGAGACCCUCAACACCAAGGGAAAAAUGGAGACAGAAUUUGUUUGCCGAUCAUCUGGGUACCCCUUAGCUGAAGUCGUGUGGUACAAUGCAAAUGGUGCUGACCUUAAUAAAACUGCCAAUACCACCCACUUUACUGGCACCAAUGGACUCUAUAACAUACGUAGUGUACUUAGGAUACGGGCAGAAACUAAUGAAACAUAUAUAUGCAUGUUUCGGAUUAAAGACCUUAAUAUGUCUACUUCUGCGGUUUUACAAAUUAAAGAAAUAAAAAGCAUUGAUGACCUGCCAGUGAAUACAAUCACAUCAAUGAGAAGGAGUUACCUCAUCGCUACAGUCAUUAUUCCUUUGUCAGUUCUUCUUGGAAUCAUUGUUGUCCUGAUAAAAUUAAGAAGACAUUGGCAAGCCAAGAAAAAAAUUGCCGAAGCCAGAUUGCUGAUAUGAACUCUUCUCUGCUUGAAGUGGAAAGAAUAUUUUGAAUGCAACACCAAGUUUUUCUUUCGGUAAAUGAGAACUAUGGACAUUUCUACUACACUGAACUGGCACACAGUCAUGCCUUAUUGUAGAAGUACAGUGAAUGUGAAGUUUUAAAAAGAAGCAGACCCCUCACAUUCAAUUUCUUAAGCAAAGCAUCCAGCUUGCUUCUCCUUCAAAGAUGUGUAGAAACGAUCCUUCUUUGUGCAAUGAUACGGUAUCAGUAAUCAUUGCACUUUCACUGCCUGAGAGUUGGCUCCAUAUUAACUAAAUAUUGUAUUGGAUUUACAUAAAUCCAUUGUUCAAUAAGUAAACAAACAGCCAGACUGUAUGUUUUGGCUACUGUGUCUCCAAGGGCUGCCUGGUCUGUCCAGCAACAGAAAACAAGAAGAAAAAAAAUUUUAAAUCUAAAGCGAAAAUAGCCACAGAGGCCAGUUAACUGGGAAAUUUUAAGGUUUUUGUGGAAGGGGAACUUCUUGAACUUGUAACUUCUGCAAGUGGAAUUGUUUUAUAACUGAUUCAAACCAGAACAAGAGGGAAACCUUUGUAUAUGCUUGUGCUAAUACUUGGGCACCACAGGCCCUUUUUGAAGAAUAUUAUAGAGAAAGAGAGGCGGAAGUAAUAUAACUCUGAAAGUUUAGAUUGAAAUCAAUUUUUUUGAAAUCAUUUUCUAUGUAUUGUUUAGUUCCCAUCAUUCAUAAAAUGCUCGGCAGCAUUCCAUUAAGCACAAGAGAUGCUGCAGAUGUUGGAAACCCAGAGUAACACAUACAAAAUGCUGGAGGAACUCAGUAGGUCAGGCAGCAUCUAUGGAGAGGAAUAAAGAGCUGAGACACUUCUUCAGUAUACUCGGUACCUUCAAAUCAUUUUCUGAGCGACCUGUAGAACACAAUUCAGCUCCAGAGUGAAACUCGGCAGCACUGUAUUUUUUUUAGUGGUAUCAACCUCUUUUGCAAAAAAAUCAAAAUUGUUGCUAACCUCCUUGUAGUUGGCUCAUUUAAUUUGGGGAAAGGAGUAAAAAGGAUGCAAGCAAAGGUUUUUUUUAAAAAAAAGCAAAACUAAUAAGAAGGGACCAUUUAAGGCCUUAAGGAUGUAACUUUGGCCAAGUAGCAAACCCAGUAGCACAAGUAAGUUGCAAGGUUUCGUAUGUCAAUGCAGUUAUUAUUUGUGUGGGUGUUUUUUUUAAAUAGUGACAAGUAAACAAAUACAGAUAUGUAGAGGGAUGAUGUUGUUAAAAUCUCUGAAUCCUCCUAGAAUUCCUGUUAACUUUCAUGAUGUUAUACUUGAGCUUAAGUUUUCUUUAUUGAUGUCCGUUGUACAUUUGCUUUCUCUCAUUCAAUAUUUGUUUACUGUGAAACACUGAAGUUUGAUUUUUGUAUUCUAAGUUUAUCAAUUAUUUUAUUGUUAAACAAUGCCUGAAUAGGGAAUUUACUUUUUUAAGAGGAAUUUUUAAGGGUGAUAUUGCCAAUGUGAAGCUGUAUUGAAGACUGAUUUAAGUAAAUCAGUAGGACAAUAAUAAGUCUUAAUACAACAUUCAAAUAGAUUAUCAAAAUACCUAUACUGUAUAUUCUCAGUAAAUACAAAUGAACACAACAGAAUUAAUGUAAAACUGCGCACAAUAAGACAAACAAUGUGCAUAAGAUAACAAGCUGUGCCAAUACAAAAAGAAUAGUAAUAAUAAUAAAUGAAUAAGCAAUGUAUCAAGAACAUGAGAUAAUGAGUCCUUGAAAGUGAAUCCAUAAGUUGUGGGAACCAUUUAGUGUUCGGGUGAGUGAAGUUUCCCCUCUGGUUCAAGAGCCUGACGGGUGAGGGGUAAUAACUGCUCCUAAACCUGUUGAUGUGGGCCAUUGUUCAUUACAAAGGAAUAUUGCCAUUUCCUGCUUAAAUUACUCUCUACUCCUUUGUGAUUACUGGCGUAAUGGCUGAAUUUUGUGGAAGAUGCCUUUAUUGCACAAAGAUUAUAAGAACUUCAAAAUAGUGAAUAACAUUUUUUUAAAACUCCAUAAAUAAGCUUAAUUUUCAAAGAAAUAAAUGUUGCACUGUAAAUGUUGCACUGUAAAUGUUGCACUGUAAAUGUUGCACUGUAAAUGUUGCACUGUAAAUGUUACAUUGUAAAUGUAUUGUAAACAAAUCUAUUUAUAUAUA